AUGGUUGUCGGUUCGCUGCGUAAUCAUGGCGGCGCGAAGUCGAUAAUGAUUUUCAAAAUAGAUCAACUCAGUUCUCCGAAUGAUGUCACAACCCAUUUGCUAGAAGUCCUGCACGCGAGAUACAAAGGCGAAGAAUACAUCAAACGCAAGGCGGAAGGUACCUUCGAUACGAACGCAAAUGCCAAUUCAAACGGUGGAUUCAUGGAAACCGACUCUGUUGGUGCAUCAAUGGGUUUAACCGGUAAACAACUGGCCGUAUAAAAAGCUAUCAAAAGCCAUGUUUCCGAUAUCGGUAUCAGCCGCAAAGAGUUGCAGGCUAAAUUCAAUCAUAUCAGUCCCUCAGAGAUGCAAAAUAUCAUCGAGGGCAUGAACCAAGAAGGAAUUAUUUACGCAACAAUCGAUUCAGAACAUUUCUUCUGUGUAGAAGCAUAA